AUGAAGGUCCUUAGCACUAUUGCGGUGUGCGCUGCAGGUGCUCAAGCGUUCGAAUGGACGUGGCCAAAGUUCUCCAACGACCCGCAGUUUCCUCCUAAUGGUUACAAUUAUCCUACCGAAGGACCAGUAGCCAACUCUACUUACGAGUACAUUGUCGUCGGAUCUGGUCCCGGUGGUUCUCCUCUUGCAGCUCGUCUUGCUCUUGCUGGCUACAGCGUCUUGCUCAUCGAUGCUGGCGAGGAUCACGGUACUGACAGACAAGUUCAGGUUCCAGCUCUGCACCCCUAUGCCAGCACUUAUCACCCUAUCCAAUGGGACUUCUUCGUCGACCACUAUGCCGAUGAAGAGCAAGCCAAGCGUGACUCCAAAAUGACCUAUCUCACUCCAUCGGGCGAGUACUACUCCGGCCUGGACCCUCCUGAAGGUUCUGUGAGAAAGGGCAUUCUUUAUCCCAGAACUGGUGCUCUCGGUGGUUGCGCUCAGCACAACGCUUUGGUCACCAUCCUUCCUACCGAGAAGGACUGGAAUGAUAUCGCCACUUUGACUGGAGACAACUCGUGGAUGGCUAGCAACAUGCGCAAGUACUUUGAGAAGCUCGAGCGCAACCGCUACUUGCCCAGUAGCAUCGUUGGACAUGGCUACAGUGGCUGGUUGGAGACUCGCGUUACUCCUGUUCUUCUCAUUGCCGAAGACUUGAAGGUUCUGUCCCUUGUCGUCGCUGCAGCCACCGCCAUGGGCAGGGGUCUGAUCGGUGGCCUUGUGCACACAGUCACUGGUCUUGCUGAGAUUUUGACUCUUGACAUCAACAAUCCCACCCCGUCCCGCGACAGCGAUGAGCUCAUCUACCAGAUCCCCCUGUCAAUGGAUGGAGAUUAUGUUCGCAGCUCUCCUCGUGACUUUGUUCUCCAGGUUGCAGGAGCCACCAACAAGGACGGCUCUAAAAAGUACAAGCUUGACAUCGCUCUCAAUACUCUGGUCACCAAGGUAAACUUUGAUACUUCUAACACUAAGCCCAAAGCAACUGGUGUUGACUACCUCUUUGGUCAAAGCCUUUACCGCGCCGACCCUCGUGCCGGUACUGAAGACAGCGGCAUUUCUGGAACCGUUCACGCCAGUCGUGAGGUCAUUGUCUCUGGAGGAGCAUUCAACACACCACAGAUCUUGAAGCUCAGUGGUGUUGGCCCCGCUCAAGAACUCCAAUCUCAUGGCAUAAAGGUUAUCAAGGAUCUUCCUGGUGUUGGUGGUAACAUGCAAGACAGAUACGAGGUCGGCGUCGUCGGCAAGGCACCUUCAGAGUUCUCUCUACUCAAGAAGUGCACUUUCCUCGAGGGUAAUGACCCAUGCUACGACAAUUGGAAGAAUAACGUCGGAGCUCUGAAGGGCGGCUACACCACUAAUGGUAUCGCUUUUGGUUUUCUCCAUCACUCUUCUGUCGCUGAGAGCGACCCUGAUCUCUUCCUUGGUGGUGUGCCAGCAUACUUCAACGGCUACUUCCCUGGUUACUCUACCCACGCCACUCAAGACUUAAGUAUCUGGACUUGGCUUACUCUCAAGGCUCACUCUCGCAACAACGCUGGUACCAUCAACCUGACUUCUGCAAAUCCUCGCGACACUCCCAAGAUCGUUUUCCACUCACUCGAGGAGGGCAUUGGCGGCGACAAAGAUCUCCAGGCUGUCUACGAGGGUGUUCAGCACGGAAUCAAGGCUUUCAAUGAUCUCAUUCCCCUUGAUGGCAAGUUUGAUCGUGUCUGGCCCCCACCUGAAAUCGAAUCCGAGGAGGAUCUGAAGCAAUUCAUCAAAGAUGAGGCUUGGGGUCAUCACGCUUCUUGCACUGCUCCCAUCGGUGCUGAUAAUGACCCGAUGGCUGUUCUUGACAGCGAGUUCCGUGUUCGCGGUGUUGAUGGCCUGCGUGUUGUUGAUGCUUCCAUCUUCCCCAAGAUUCCUGGCAUGUAUAUCGCUCUGCCAAUAUAUAUGGUCAGUGAGAAGGCUGCUGAUGUUAUAAUUUCAUCUGCUUCUGCACCAGCUGCUUCGUAG